AUGGUGCCGGCCCUCUGGUUUCUUAAUCGAAACAUCAGCGUUUUGGAGUCCAAAUACCCCGAGGAUAACGCCCCAGAGCAUCAACAUGAGCACUGGGUUUAUAUCAACGGUAUCGCUUGUGGGCAGACAUGGUUUCAGAGUAACAUUGAUCGCCUAGCAUACACGUUCGGGCGGAAGAUUACUGGUGUACACAACCCCUCAACCGGCCUCGUGUUCGACGUUAUCCAGUGUCUAAUCCAAAGGGACUUUGCUUACGCAACCCAGGACGUCCGAGAGGCCUACACUCUGCUUAGAGCCGCUUUGCUGAACCCUGACUAUACCAAAGUGGUCCUGAUAACUCACAGCCAGGGAGGGAUAGAAGCAGGCCUAAUCAUAGACUGGCUACUCGAUGAGCUCCCCCAAGGCCUCCUCCGCAAACUGGAAGUAUAUACUUUUGGCAACGCCGCUAAUCACUUCAACAACCCGUACAGGGCCCUUCCGAGAACCCAGAAGGACAAUUCCGAUACCAUACUUCCGCAAAUCCAGCAACCCAAUGAGAACACUGACAAGACAAUCCUGCACAUCGAGCAUUACGCCAAUGCGCGAGAUUUUGUCAGUCUCUGGGGUGUGUUGAAUUUUAGCAACAUACCAAAUCGCUUCAUGGGUCAUGUGUUCGUCCGGGAAGGCUCUGGUCAUAUGUUCAACCAGCAUUACCUGGGCACCAUGUUUCCUCUUGGGCCAGACCGCAAGGUUCUAGAUACAAACCGAUUUAUGGACACGGAAAUUGAGAUCCCAGGUUCGUUUGCGGACGGUUCGAGUAUUACUCAAACAGUGAAAGUCAGGGAAGUCAGUCGUUUGUGGUUAUAUCGAAAUGGUGGCUCGCCAGAGCAGUGA